AUGUGUUGGACGGUGGCAGGAGAACCACACCACCAGUGCAGUGCCGCCAUCCCGCCCCACUCCCGAGGAGGAGACCCAGCAGGCCACCGUUCCCCGUCACUCCGAGGAGGAGACACCACCACCCAGCAGGCAGGCCGCCGUCCCCGUCAACUACGAGGAGGAAGCGAGGAGCGAGCACACCACCGCAGAGCAGGCCGCCUCCCCGUCACCGAGAAGGAAGACGAGGAGAGCCACCACCACCCAGCAGCAGCCGCCGUUUCCGUCACUCCGGGGCGAGACCCAGCAGCGCCGUUCCCGUUCACUCCCGAGGGAGAGACCCCAUCAGCCCGCCGUCCCAUCACUCCGAGGAGACAGACCAGCAGAGUCCGCCGUUUCCCGUCACUCCCGAGAGGACAGCAGGUCGCGUCCCCCGUCACUCCGAGGAGGAACGAGGAGAGACGCACCACCCGCAGUAGGCCGCCGGUCCCGUCACUCCGAGGAGGAGACCAAGGCAAGCCGUCGUUCCGUCACUCCCGAGAGAGGAGACCACCACCACCAGCAGCAGGCGCCGUCCCCGUCCGACUCCCGAGAGACCCACAUGCCAGCCGUUUCCGUCACUCCAGGAGGACCCAGCAGCCGCCGUCCCCGUCACUCCGAGGAGGAGACCACACCACCCAGCAAGCAGACUGCUUCCCAUCACUCCCGAGGAGGAAGACCCAGGCAGGCCGCCGUCCCGUCACUCCGAGGAGGAGACCCAGCAGGUCGCGUCGCCCGUCAUCCGAGGAGGACGAGGAGGAGACCACCAGCAGCAGGCCGCCGUCCCCGUCACUCCCGAGGAGAGACCCAGCAAACCGUCGUUCCCGUCACUCCCGAGGAGGAGACCACCACCACCAGCGCAGGCCGCCCGUCCCGACGAGGAGGAGACCACCACCACCCAGCAGCAGGCCGCCGUCCCGUCACUCCGAGGAGGACGAGGAGGAGACCACCACCACCCAGCAGCAGGCCGCCGUCCCGUCAUCCGAGGAGGACGAGGAGGAGACCACCACCACCAGCAGAGGCCGCCGUUCCCGUCACUCCCGAGCAGGACGAGGAGGAGACCACCACCACCAGCAGCAGGGCCCGUCCCGUCCACUUCCCGAGGAGACCCAGCAGGCCGCCGUUCCCGUCACUUCCGAGGAGGAGACCCAGCAAGUCCGUCCCCGUCACUCCCGAAGAGAGAACAUCACACCCAGCAGAGCCGCCGUCCUCGGCACUCCCGAGGAGAGACGAGGGGAGUCCACCACCACCCAGCAAGAGGCCGCCGUCCUCGUCACUCCUGAGGAGGAGACCCAGCAGGUCGCCGUCCCCGUCACUCCCGAGGAGGAGACCACCACCACCCAGCAGCAGGCCCCGCGUCCCCGUCACUCCAAGGAGGAACCAGCAAGCGCCGUCCCCUUCACUCCCGAGGAAAAGACCCACCACCACCAGCAGAGACCCAGCAGGCCGCCGUCCCGUCACUCCGAGGAAAAGCCACCCCCGUUGCAUCAAGCCGCCGUCCCCGUCACUCCCGAGGAAAAGACCACCACCACCCAGCAACAGGCCGCCGUUCCCGUCACUCCCGAGGAGGAGACCCAGCAGGCCGCCGUCCCCGUCACUCCAAGGAGGAGACCACACCACCCUAGCAUCAAGGCCGCGUCCCCGUCACUCCCGAGGAGGAGACCCAGCAGGCCGCCGUCCCGUCAUCCCAAGAGGAGACCACCACCACUAGCUUCAAGGCGCCGUCCCGUCCCUCCCGAGGAGGAGACCCAGCAGGCCGCCGUCCCGAGACCAGCAGGCGCCGUUCCCGUCACUCCCAAGGAGGCCACACCACACCUAGCAAAGCCGCUGUCCCGUCACUCCCGAGGAGGACCCAGCAGGGCCCGUCCCGUCACUUCCGAGGAAAGACACCACACUAGCAAUUCAAGCCGCCGUCCCUGUAGAACUCCCGAAGAGGAGACACACCACCAGCAACAGCUGCCGUCCCCCGUUACUCCUGAGAGACGAGGAAGGAGACCACCCCACCAGCAGCAGGCGCCGUCCCGUCACUCCCGAGGAGGCCAGCAGGCCGCCGUUUCCGCACUCGCCGAGGAGGAGACCCAGCAGGUCGCCAUCCCCGUCACCCGGGAGGAGACCCAGCAGGCGCCCGUCCCCGUCACUCCCGAGGAGGAGGACACCACACCAGCAGCAGCCGCCGUCCCGUCACUUCCCGAGGAGGAGAUCACAGGCCGCGUUCCCGUCACUCCCGAGGAGGAGACCCAGCGGUCGCCUCCCGUCACUCCCGAGGAGGGGGACGAGGAGGAGACCACCACCCAACCGCAGCAGGCCGCCCUUCCCGCCACUUCCGAGGGAGGACCCACCACCAGCCAGCAGCAGGCCGCCCGAUCCGUCAUCCCGAGGACGGCGAGAGACCACCACCACCCAGCAGCAGGCCGCCGUCCCCGUCACUCCGAGGAGGAGGACGAGGAGAGACACCCCACCCAGCGUCCCCGUCCACUCCCGAGGAGACCCAGCAGUCCGUUCUUUCCCGUCACUCCCAGGAGACCCAGCAAGCUGUCGGUUCCCGUCACUCCGAGAGGGAGACCACCACCACCCAGCAGUAGGCGCCGUCCCCGUCAUUCCCGAGGAGACCCAGCAGGCGCCAACCCGUCCUCCGAGGAGGAGACCAGCAAGCCGUCGUUCCGUCACUCACGAGAGGAGACCACCCCCACAGGCGCAGGGCCGCCGUCCCCGUCAACUCCCGAGGAGACCCAGCAGGCGCUCCGUUUCCCGUCACUCCCGAGGAGGAGACCCAGCAAGCUGCCCGUUCCCGGUCACUCCGAGGAGGAGACCACCACCACCAGAGCAGGUCUGCCGUUUCCAUCACUCCCGAGGAGGAGACCAAAGCAGGCCGUCGUCCCCGUCGACUUCCGAGCAGAGACCCAGGCAGGUCGCCGUCCCUCGCUUCCGAGAGGACAGGAGGACAGACCACCCAGCAAGCAGGCGCCGUCCCCGUCACUCCCGAGGAGGAGACCAGCGAAAGCCGUCGUUCCCGUCACUCCCGAGGAGCGAGGACCACCAUCACCCACACGCAGGCCGCCUUCCCCCGUCACUCCCAAGAGGACGAGGAGGAGACACCACCACCCAGUCGAGUCCGCCCAGUCCCGUCACUCCGAGAGAGGACGAGGAGGAGACAACCACACCGCAGCAGGCCGCCCCUCCCGUCAUCUCCGAGCGAGACGAGGAGGAGACACCACACCAGCAGCCAGGCGCCUGUCCCCGUCACAUCCCGAGGAGACGAGGAGGGAGACCACCACCACCCAGCAGCAGCCGCGUCCCCGUCAUCCGAGUGAGAACAGCAGGCCCCGUUCCGUCACUCCCGAGGAGGAGACCCAGCAAUCGCCGUCCGUCACUUCCCGAGAGGGAGAUCAUCACACCAGCAGCAGGCCGCGUCCUCGGCACUCCCGGAGGAGGAGGACGAGGGGGAGUCCACCACCACCCAGCAAGAGCCGCCGGUCCUCGUCACUCCUGAGGAGGAGACCCAGCAGUCGCCGUCCCGUCACUCCCGAGGAGGAGACCACACCACCCACAGCAGUCCGCCGUCCCAUCACUCCCAAGGAGGAGACCCAGCAAGCCGCCGAUCCCGUCACUCCCGAAGGAAAAGACCUUACCAUCCACCACAGCAGCAGCCGCGUUCCCGUUCACUUCCAGAGGAGGAACCAGCAGCGCCCGUCCCCGUUACUCCCGAGGAAAAACACCACCACCUAA